AUGCUGUAUAGGGUCAGAGUGGAUGUGCUGCGGCCUUGGUCUGAGCUUCCUACGGAAACCCUGAAGCUCAUUGUGUGCCGUCUCUGCCUCAAAGAUAAUGUCCGCUUGUCCUGUGUUUGUAAGAAAUUUGGAAAAAUUGCCUGUUCACUUCGUGUAGUGAACCAAUCUCCAUGGCUCUUGUACCCCACAGCUGUAGGUGGCGUAAUCAAAUUCUUUGACCCUUCACAGGGAAAGUUUUAUGUUGAUGAGAUCCCAGAGCUAAGGUGUACAAAGCCUCGGUGCACCAAGGAUGGAUGGGUGCUGUUUACUGGUGAUAGGCAUUGCUUACUCAAUAUCUUCACCAUGUCAAAAGUUAAUCUUCCCUAUUACCAUAUGCUUUCCCCAAGCUUUGCUUUCUCUUGUGCGCCCACAUCCCCUGGCUGUGUAGUGUUUGCAAUUGAGACAUCGUUUGCUGGAGGGUUUGACAGUCUAGGGGUUUCCAUUGGCAUUUGUCAUCCAGGGGAUGCACAGUGGACUACUUUUAAGUUCCAAAUUACUGAUGUCGGCUAUUUCAAUUGGGGGGAUGGUCCAGUUUUCUGUAAUGGGUUAUUCUAUUGUUUGAGUGAAUCUUCUUAUAAUUUGCUAGGGGUAUUUGAUCCACAGAAACAUACUUGGAGUAUCCUUGAUGUCCCUCCACCUAAUAUGCCUCGUCAUCUCAGCUCUGCAAAAGAGAGGUAUGAUGAAGAGAGUUAUGAUGAAGAGAGUUAUGAUGAAGAUUUUUAUGAUGAAGAGAGCUAUGAUGAAGAGAGAACUCAACAUAUGGUUGAAUUCAAGGGGGAGAUUAUAUUGGUGUCUGUAUCUUAUCCUGAGAAGCCAAUUAUAUUCAAACUGGAUUUGUCCAAGAUGAAAUGGGUUGAAAUGAAGAGCUUAAAUGGUGUAACACUCUUUGUAAGCUCUCACUCUUCUCUUGCAGUGACUGAUGUCCCGGGAAUAUCAAGUAAUUGUGUUUACUUUUCAAAGCGUUGCAACUAUGGAAAGAAUAACUACUUAUAUUCUUUCGAUGACUGUAAGUACCAUCCUGCCAAGCAGCAUCACGAGGGGCCAUUCUUUCACAAGGCUUUUUGGAUUAAGCCACCUAGGAAGAGUCAUCUUUUGUUUGACGAGCUCUACUAA